AUGCCUUCACACGGAUCACGUUCUUCACAAUCCAUGAGACAAUCCACAGAGCAAUCUGACUUUAAGAAGCUCAAAUCGAAAUAUGCCUCCCAAUUAUCCACCCUGAGAGAGCUAUUCGCAGACUGGUCGGACGAAGAUCUUUUAUUCGCCCUUCAAGAAGUGGACGGUGAUCUGGACUUGGCAAUCGACCGUAUUAGUGAAGGUCAUGUAUCGCAAUGGGGAGAAGUCAAGAGCAAAAAGUCAAAGAAAGAAGCUGCACAAAAGGCCAAAGCAGCUGCCGUUCCCAACACCAACAACACUACUAGCAGCACUAUUUCAUUUGCCCCACCACCACAAAAUACCACGACACAACGUACAUACAAAGGAAAUAAUGAUCGACCUAAAAGAGGUGGUCAACGCGGUGGACAUAGCACUCGUGGACAAAAGCCAACUACUACAGCACCUGCCAAUAACCAUAUCCAAGCAGCAACAUGGGGACAAAAGACGCCAACAACAACAACAGCAGCAGCAGCACCCGAUAGUUCUUCGUCUUCUUGGGCAGCAAUUGCAUCAUCCAAGAAGAAUGCAGCAGCAGGAGGAGGUGAUACAUGGGGUCAAUCACAGGACACUACCGACAACAAUAGCGGCUGGGACGCACCCACAACGGCUAGUGUAUCCAACACUAAUGCAGGUGGAUGGGGAAGCUCUACCGAACCCGAAGUAGAACCUGAUAAGACUACCACCACUACCACUACCAAUGAUUCAUCCGCACCAAAAACAUGGGCUAGCCUACUCAAGAAACAACCCAAGCCUGAGCCUGAGCCAUCACAACAACAAGAUACUACUACUUCUACUACUGCAGCAGCAGCACAAAGUGAAUGGGACGCGCCAGCUACUAAUGAUUCAUGGGACAAGCCAAAGGAUUCUUGGGAUGCAUCAACCAAUCCAUGGGACGCACCUGCUGAGACUAUCAAACCUUCUUGGGAUGAACCAGAGCCUGCCACAAAGGAAGAACCUCCUUCUACUACUACCACUGAUCCAUGGACAUCCACGUCAAUUGAACCUACCGAGCAAGAGCCAAAGGCAACAGAGCAACUUGAAGAGAUUGAAUCAUCCAAUGUAUCUAUUCAAGACACCACCGCUACCCGUAAAUCCUCUACCGGCAAUCGUCGUUUGAAGCAAGAUGUGCCCGUUGUUUUGCCAAAUACUGGUGCAUCUCUCAGCUCUAUUGGUGUCAAGUUUGGUAGCCUGAGCUUGAAUGAUGGUACAACCGAGACUGUGGAAGCGUCGGAGACAACAUUGCAAACGCAGACUAGUGAGUCACUUGAAGCAGCAAAGGAAGAAACACAGCCACAAUUCAACACUGGUGUUGCUCCAGAAACCAUGAAGCCACAACAAGCUGCAGCUGAACCACUUGGAGCAGCAGCAGCACAGACCACCCAGCCACAACCUACUUCCAUCCAUCCUCAGCCCCAACCUACUCUUGCUCAACAACAACCACCUCUCUUUGGCAUGGAUCAAUUGUCAUCAGGCUAUAGCUCUUACAUGCCUAAUCAACCUCCUGCUGGUGUCUCUGGUUUUGGUGUUAGCCCUAUGGGAUCGCUUCCUGAUUAUGGUCUUUAUGGUACUGAUCAACAACGUUUGGCUAUGGGUUACUAUGACCAUUCGGCUUAUACACAAUCCCCCUCGGCUUCGUAUCAAUCACGUGAUAAGGAUGGAUCAUUGCCGCAUACUGCUGCUGCCGCCGCCGCUCAUGGACCCGCUGCCGCAGCUGCCGCUGCUCAGCAAAUGUAUCCCAACAUGCCUUACUAUCCUUACUAUUACAUGCCCAACCAAUUCGGCUAUCAGCAAUCUUACAAUCAACCCUUCAUGAACAAGAGCAUGUAUCCCAACAUGUAUCAACACUCUGCUGGUAAGCCUAGUGGUGGCUCUGCAGCCUCUCCUUAUGCAUCGCCUUAUACACAACACAUGUAUGGUGGUUACGAUGAUAUGGGUGGAUUGCAACACCAAUUGGGUGGUGCUGCUGCUGCUGGAGGUUUGCAUGAUUACAAGUCGUAUCAGCAACAGUUGCCUGGUUUCCUUGGACAACAACAACCACAGCAACCCCAACAAGCUCAACCACAGCAGCAACAACCUCCUACCGCUGGUGGUGCAGCAACAGGUCCCAAGAAUGAUAAGGCACCUGCUGGUGGUGCUGCUGCAGGCACCAAUGGUCAUCCUCAACAACAAAUGCCCUAUCAACAAAUGAACAAUAACCCUGCCAACUAUUUCGGUGGUGCUGGUGCUGCUGCUGGUGGUUUCCCUUAUCAACCCCAGUAUCCUCAUUUUGCUCAAAUGCCAUCUGCACAGCAACAACAGCAACAGCAACAGGGUCAACAACAACCUGCUCGUCAACAACAGCCUUAUUGGAGCCAGUAA